AUGCAGGUUGAAACCGUUGCUGCAGUUGGAAGUGCAGAAUACACAGAGGAACCAGCAACCAAAGCAAGAUUUCAGACAUCCUUGAGCUUACCCGGCUGCUCUACCUCGCUAUCAUUGCUUGGAACUGGAUACACGGAGAAGGUUUUUGCAGUAAUUGGUGUUAAGGUCUAUGCUGCAGGGAUAUAUGUAAAUCCGUCCAUCCUAAGUACGGUGAGCACUUGGAAAGGACAAUCAGCUAGUGAGAUUCAAGAGAACUCAGCUUUGUUUAGUUCGAUUUUCCAGGCUCCUUUGGAAAAAUCAUUACAGAUUGUUGAUGGUAAAACUUUCUGGGAUGCCUUGGAUGAAGCCAUAUCCCCAAGAAUCAAAGAAGCCACUUCAGGUGACAAGUCUGUUCUGUCCACAUUUCGAAGCAUCUUCCAAGGUCGACCUCAUAAAAAAGGAACUUCAAUAUUUUUGACUUGGCUGGACCCCUCCAAAAUGCUAGUAAGUGUGAAUUUGUACAUGCAUACAUGAGCACUUUUGUAAUUCUUCUUUGUUUCUCGGUGACAGGAUUUUACUUUCAUUUUUCUUCUGUUUCAGUUUUUUCAUCUCUCCGUAUGAAUUCAGACUGUAUUGUGAUUGGCAGGUUUGCGUCUCAUCUGAUGGAACUCCAUCUAGUCUAGAUGCUACAAUUGCGUCGGAAAAUGUUUCUUCUGCACUUUUUGACGUAUUUUCUUGGAGAUGCUCCAGUUUCUCCUUCCUUGAAAACCUCAGUAGCUAAUGGCCUAGAAACAAUCCUCAAGUGAAUAAGGUGACUUGAUUUCCUGAAGUUUAUGUCACUUCAAUUUUUUGCAUUUUAGUUUCUUCAAUUUUGUAUUUUCUCAUUGUUGUAUGUUAACUUCUUGAUUACUCGAGGCUUUGGUAAAUCCUGCUAAUCUCUUUUGUAAUUGUAACUUAAGACUGUUGGGAACCUGAUGUCUCUGCAUUGUUUGUAACAUCAAAGACUCCGAAAGAAAAAAAGCUUAGCAGAUUUGAAUUAUCUAUAUAGGGCCUCCUUCCUUGUAGUUCUUACUUGAACCAUAGUAAAAUGUAGUCCUACGAAUCCAAUGCAGGGGU